AAAGCUGCUAGAGAAUCAUCCAAAGAGGAGCGUUUGCUUUCAAUGGGUUUGGGGCUGGAGGAGGAGGAGGAGGAGCUGGCAGUCCCACGCCCCUACGAGGACAACAGAACUGACUGGCGAGGUUGGAGGAAAGGUUUCAAGGCCGGGAGGCGAGGCAAGCCUCUGGAAACGAGCCCGAUUGGGGGCGGAGCCCGCCUCGGUAAUACGGAGCUCGCAAUGGGAGUCGCCCAUCCACAUUCCCCCCGGAAACUCGCCGGGCAACUUUGAAAGCGGCGCUCAGCCUUUCCACGAAAGCGGGGUUCCUGCUUCUGCCUGAGCCGAGCAACAGCAGCCAGCGACGCCGGACGAAGAUGGGGGUGACGCUGGGCUACUGGGAUAUCCGUGGGGUACGUCGGGGUCCUUGGUUGGCGGGGGGCAGGCUGGGGAUGUCUUUUGGCCAGCAGAGCUCCGGUCUUGGUACCAAAACUCACGCUCUGCUCCUGAUGGGCGGACGUGUAUUCUAUGAGUGCCUCGCAGGCAGACGUGCAACAGGUGCAGCUUUCCGAAGACGCAUCUGCAGCGGCGGUAGAAAACUUCGCCCGUUGACUUCUGCCUGGGAGUUAAAAAAUCACAGACAGGGAAACGGGCUGCCGGAGUCCGGCGAGAGGCUCAGGCUGCAACCCUCUCCCCGCUUACUAAGCCACCCAACUCGGGGAAAGACAAGGAUAUUCUAUUAUCAGGGCCGGAUUUAGGUUUGAUGAGCCCCUAAGCUACUGAAGGUAAUGGGGCCCUUUAUAUGUCCACCUGUCCUUUGCCAACAACAAAUUGUCGCUAUUUUUUGUGUUGAAUAUUUGCAAUUUGGUAAUUUAUGGACCUAAUCGGUAUCUAAAGCCAUUUGCACAUAACAAAUAGGAGCUUACACAACACAAAACACUGUUGCUGUAUGUAGGUUUUAUUUUAUUUGUUUUUUAUCUUAUAUUUUGGAAAUGGACAUCCAUUUUUGGGGGGGGGGGCAAAAGAGUGGGGCCCUAAGCUAUAGCUUGUUUAGCUUAUAGGUAAAUCCGGCACUGAGUUAUUGUUAUUUAUUGUAUAUAAGCUGCUUUGGGAUUCAUUUGGAUGAAAAGCAUCAUAGAAAUACAAUCAAUCAAUCACUCAAUCAAACGUCCGGUGCUCCAGCAUCUAUUUAGCACGCUGAAGAUCAAUCGCCGCUGUCUCCAGACACCUGUGGGGGAGACCCGGUCUGAAAGCCCGGAGAGUCGCUGCCAGCCCGUGUGGACAGCAUCAGGCCCCACGCGGAGUUGGCGUGACUCAGCGCCAGACCUCGAGUUCCCUGAAAUUCCGGCUUUGGCGCGGGGGCGACGGGAUUGCAUCGUCAGCGCGUUUCCUGUGGCCGCGAUUUCCCCCUUGAUUUUCACGGGGAAGCUCGGAGAUACGCCCCGACGGGCAAGCUGAGCAGCCAAUCCCGGCGCCGAGCCGCUUCCCUCCCCUCUUACCUCUUCAAUCCGGUGCCAAAAAGGGUUGGAUAACAGUUGGGUGACGGUGUCAUCAGCGAGAGUGAAAAGCAGUGAUGGUGGUGCAGGAGGAGAAGGAGCCAGUUCCAUCUUGCCAAAAAUUCAGCCGCCUCCCUCCGGCAGACCCGCGUCUCUGGAGUCCUAAGGAGGCAGGCUGGCCACGUCUUUUUUUCCUUUCCUCUUCUUCCUGCGCUCUGUGCAGGUGCAAAAAAGCACAUCCCAGCCCCAUCCUGCUCCCUGGCCCCAGAUCUUUGUUCAAGUACCAGCUUGUCCCUGCCCGGAGAGCUCCUGGAAACGCACUUAACAUCCUAGAUAGAAUUGUAGAGUUGGAGGGGACCACGAGGGGUCAUCUAGUCCAACCCCCUGCAAAGCAGGAAUCUUUUGCCGAGCGUGGGGCUCGAACUCCAACCUUGAUAUUAAGAGUGUUCUCCCGACUGAGCUACCCCAAGGACCUUCUGGAACAGAGCUCCUUUUCGGUAAUGGUGCCUUGAAUGUGGAAUGCUUUCUGCAUGGCAAUGACAUGGCAAUAUUUUUCAGUGCCACAUUCAGGUCUCCCUUUUUGCCCAGCGCAGGUGGCGCCAGGGUGGUAGUGGGGGGAAGGCAAGUGCCUCCCAUAAGGAGCUCCCCCCCCCCCGCUGCCACUUGACCCCCAUUUCUCCCAUCAUUAAAAUAUGCUGUAUUUUUCUCUUUUUCUGGAGCAGUCGCUGUAAUGCCCAGGCAUUUGGGGCAAUAUUUUUGUUGGAGCUGCCUUCCUUCUCUGCUUCUACCUUUCCCUCUUGUUCUCUUUCUUCGUUUGUUUUGUAUUCUAUUCAUAUGUUGCAGGAACAGAUUUAUUCACACUUUUAUACACUAUGCUGGAAUCUUCUUGAUGAAAGGUGGCUAAGAAAUAUUUAAAAUUAAGAAACAAAUGAGAAAUGAAAGCUUUUGAGCUUGCGCCUAUGCUUGAAAAGGAGUGGGGAGCACCCAAGCCAAGAGGGUAGGCUCCUUCCUGUCACAAUAAACCAUGGUUUUAUGUGAUGUCUGAUCACAGCCACUGACAUGCAACAGGGUUUUCAGUAAUGCGAGGAGGCUAUUGAAUAGUAACCUUGUUAGCAUGUGCUAUCUUCAUCCGUGAAGUAUCAGCAGACAUGUCAGUAUCCUUUGCCUUGGGCCAUUGCUAGUCUGGAGCAGAUGUAAUUGUCUGCUUUUUCCACCACUGGUGAUUAUUCUGCCACUAAAUAUUUGUCUCUUCCUUUUUGCAGCUUGCCCAUGCAAUCCGACUCCUUCUGGAAUACACAGGGACCGCAUUUGAGGAUAAACAAUAUGCACCUGGAGAUGGUAAGGAGCUGUCCCUUUGCAGCCAAUAAUGAAUCCCAUCAGCAGUUAGGAUUAUUGCCAGUUGCCUUAUUUUAUUUUAUUUUAUUUUAUUUUAUUUUAUUUUAUUUUAUUUUAUUUUAUUUUAUUAUUUUAUUUUAUUUGCUUAGUGUCUUUGAAUUAUCUAGCUGUGGGAAUGGUAGAGAGCAGAGAAAACAACAUCCAAGAACACUUAAAAAUAGAUGGAUAGAUAGAUAGAUAGAUAGAUAGUAAUUUGCACCUUUUAUUUGACUUUCACAAAAGAGUAGGAUUAAAUCCUGGUGCAGCUGCUGACUCUGAUCUUCAGGGGUGGACUGAAGGUAGACAGCAGCUUGCGAGUUCUGGAGGCCACUUAGUGUGCUCCUUGCUGGGAUUCCUGCAAAGAUAGCUGGGCUAGGAGGACCUUGAUCUGAGCCAGAAAGACCUUUAUGUUCUCAAGUAACCAUGCACUCUCAAGAUCACUUAUGGCAGGCUUCCUCAACCUUGGCCCUCCAGAUGUUUUUGAGACUACAAUUCCCAUCAUCCCUGAUGACUGGUCCUGCUAGCUAGGGAUCAUGGGAGUUGUAGGCCAAAAAAACAUAUGGAGAGCCAAGGUUGAAGAAGCCUGACUUAAGGGUUUCUGAGUAUGCCUUCUGGCUUUUAAACAUGCAAAACUUCCUGGUGAACCUCAAGGAUUCAAGGGUUGUAUGUGUGUUUAAUGCAGACCACAUGAAAUGUUUUAGUGAUGCGAUUUGGAAUGCAACAGAUGAUCUCUUGCUGUUGUAUGCAGUAUGGGUUGUAUAUUGGACAGUGGCCAAUUCAGCCCUGUGUUUUUACAGCUAGAAUGACCUUCCCCAACCUGGCACUGGCUGUUUUGGACUAUGGCUCCCAGCAUGAGAUUACUAGGAUUCAUGCCUGAUAACCCCCUUAGGAAUGAAGCCAAAAACACAAGAGAAUCUGGCUAUGAAGGAGAAAACUUACUUUUCAUACCUGUAUUUACAGCUCCUGAUUUUGAUGCAAGUCAGUGGCUUAAUGCGAAGGAGACGCUGGGCUUGGACUUCCCAAAUGUAUGUAGCAACUGUGGAAACAACCAGCAACAUGUUGUUGUGCAUUGAUGGGGAUGGUAGGGUCAUUCUCCUGCUGCUCCCUUUUGAAAUGAGUGAGAGCCAUCAGGGGUCGCAGCUCAGUGGAAAAUGAUGAUGGUGUGUGAGCAGAAUCUAAAGCAGUGGAUUGGCUGGAGGUUGAGAUCUGCAGUGCAUUCCUGGCUUCUUGCUGGAGCAAAGGAAGCCAGAGGCCAGAGGGCCUUUCAAGUGUGCCUGGGGAAGAAGCCAGGCCCUGUAAAUUCUGCAACCAAAUUCUCACGCACAGUUCUCUAGUUUAUGAGGGCUAUGUUCUGUUCUGAGCAACUUUCCAAGGGCCACAUGCCAGUGCUGGGCAGGGCCACAGGCAAAACUGGGUGGAGCAAUGCAAAUUUUACCGUUAUGCCUUAGGCUAGUUUCUGCACAUAUUCUCUCAACCAUCUCUGUGUCCAGGGCAGGACUAACCAUUAAGCAAAAUAAGCAUGUGCUUAGGGCAUCAAGUAGGGCACCACAGGAAUUUUCCAUUGCCAGAUUUUCAACAUUAGUGGUCAGAAAUUGCUCAGUUGAGUGUUCGUUUUCUCAGUUGAAGAUUAUCAAAAAUCCCAGCAGAACAACUAUGCAAGAAGACAGACUGGAUGCCUUAUCUCUACCAAGUAUAGAAGCAGAUGUGUUAUGCAAGAUUAGUUAUGAGGAUCUGAUCAAAGACUUUGCAAUUAGAAAAAGUAGGAGAAAAAUUUUCAGAUAUAAAUAAAGUGGAAGUGUAAAAAAUAAACAUUAUUUUCCAUCUUACUGUUGGUUUUGUUUUAUUUUGAAAAAUAUAAUUUUAUUUUAUGGUUUAUUAUUGUUAUAUUUUGAAUUAGAUAUACAUGGAGGCAUCAAAAUCUUUUAAGCGCUUAGGGCCUCUAAAGACCUUAUUCCAGCCCUGUCUCUAGUCUCCAUUCAAUGAAACAAGAAGCACACACCUUAAACGCCAUACAUUUAAUGUGCAAGACUUUCCUCAAAGAUUCUGUGGGACUUGGGGGACUUGAGAAAGACUGGAAGCUACUACACCUAGGAUAUGAAAACUAUCACCCAGCAGUGCGAAAUGGCUUCUCUUGAAGCCAUUUCAGCUUAGAAAGCCUUUCGGUUGAUGCUGUUUCUCCUAAGUAAAUGGGAAGUUGUCCAUCAAGGAUGAGAAGGUAAUGAAGUUUUAUGGGUAGCUUCAUCUGCACUGGCACCAUUAACCUUUCCUAUCCUUUCCUUAGCUCCCUUAUCUAAUCGAUGGUGAGACGAAGAUCACACAAAGCAACGCCAUCAUGAGAUACAUUGCACGCAAGCACAAGAUGUGUGAGUCUUUUUGGCACUAGUGUUUCUUUGGAAGCCAGCUUAAAAUCAAUCAAUUAAUUAAGUGACUGAUAAUAUUCUAGCCAAAUAGUUGGUUAGUGGGUACUCUCUUACCUUCUGUGUAUGUUGCAUUUCUACAGGUGGUGAGAGUGAAGAAGAAAUGGUCAGAAUAGAUAUGCUUGAAAACCACAUUAUGGAUCUGAGAAUGGCCUUUGCCAAAGUUUGCUACAGUCCAGAUUUUGUGAGUUUUGUGGUUUGCAUCCCCCCUUCCCAAAUUGGAACUGAUCAGGAAUCUAGCAGAUGUUGAGAAUCAUUUGGGGAUCAGUAUGGUGUGUGAGCGGGUCAAAAGAUAGCACUUACAUAAGGCUGAACAAAUAAUUCUUUCUGCUCUUGUGGGACUGGGAGGGGAACAAAAGUCUGUAAAGUUACAACCAAUAAGCAGGCAUGAGAGAGAAAGGAAGUCUAUAACUGGGGAGUCAGUAGUCCAAGGUUUCGCAAGAGUUGAGCUGGAAAUCAAUCUGUGUACCUAAUAAUUCAGGAACUUCUGGUUGCAGGAGAAACUGAAGCCUGAGUACCUGGAGCAGAUACCUGGAAAACUGAAGCUGCUCUCCCAGUUUUUGGGGAACAAGAAGUGGUUUGCAGGAAAGAAGGUACAUGUGCUAUGUAUAAUUCUAUAGAAACAAAGAUGUCUCUCUAGUUCUAGGGCUCAAUUUACAAUGUAUUCCACUUGUAAUUUUCUAGAUCACCUAUGUAGACUUUCUUGCAUAUGACAUAUUGGAUCAGCACUGGAUGUUUGAGCCAAAGUACUUUGAUCAGUUCCCAAAUCUGAAGGAUUUCCUUAGCCGCUUUGAGGUGAGAUUUACUGUGAUGUAUGCACUGAUCUGCCUGUUGUCUUUGUCCAUGGAGUUUUCUUGGCAGGGAUACUGGAGUGGCUUGCCGGUUCCUGCUCCAGGUGGAUCACGUUUGGUCAAAACUCUCCACUAUGACCUGUCCAUCUUGUAUGGCCCUACACGGCAUAGCUCAUAGCUUCUCUGAGUUAUUCCAGCCCCUUCGCCACAGCAAAGUGCCUGGCAUGCUCUGGUCCAUGGGGUCACAAAGAGUCGGACACGACUAAACGACCAAACAACACCAACAACAUGCACUGAUCUGUAGUAGGAAUUGUUCUUAUAUUGAUAGCAAAGGAAAUGCAAUUCCUCGAGUUGCUCUUUGUCUCCCACAGCAACAACCCCGAGUGGUGUGGCAAUCAUUCCUUCUUCCCAGGCAACUCUGUGAACUCUGUAAUACAGCUCUGUGAUUGGAAACUCUCAGCACACUUAAGGGACUACAGCUCCCAGAAUUCUUUGGGGGGAAUUCCAUGACUCUUUAAAGGGGUAUCAUAGCACUUUAAAUGUACAUUGUACAUUGUGCAUGUGGCCUUAGUCUCAGUGCUGCCUUUGUGGAAUUCAAGCAGGGAGUAGCAUGGGGACAAAACCAGAAUUAGUUAGCUGCGUUGGUUGCCAGGGGGUGGGGGCAGCCUGGUCAACCCCUAGGUACACUCCUACAGGCAAGCAAGAGGCAUUAUCAGAGUUCAAGCACACAUUUCAGCAUGGCGAAAACAUUUCUGAAGCAUUGUGGAUCCUAAACAGCUAUUUUCAGUUUUUCUCGAGAGUCAGGUUUAGACUCUUGCUAUGUGUUGCUGUUUAAUGACUAUUCCCUUGCAGGCUUUGGAGAAAAUUUCUGCCUACAUGAAAUCUGACCGUUUCAUGAAGGCUCCCAUCUUUUGGAGACUCGCCAAGUGGAGCUAUGAAAAAGUGUAGAGGAGACUGGGAACCUUAAAGCCUCUGCAGAUGGGUGUUAGCAUCAGUGAUGGCCCCUGAGUGAAUCACCAUCCCUUCAUGCUUUUAAACAUGUUAUGUUAUGCUGUGACCCUUAAUCCAGACUGUCAUUAAUAAAACCUAUUGGAUACUAAA